ACCAUAUAUCUCCUUUAAAUUAGGUAAGCAACUUGUUAGUUUGUUUUCUGUCUCACAGGAUCUGUUUGUGCCCAAGGCAAACUUAAACAGCUGUGUUCCAGGCAGAAAUGGGAAGAUCAUGUGACAGAUGGGAAGGGCUUAGGAACCAGUAGGAAACUAAUCCCUUUCAGGGCCACUUCAGGCAAAUAUCAUACUACUCAGCAGUAGGUGAGUGGAGGGAAAUGACGGGCCAAUAAACUAUCUUUUGCUUCCAAGGACUAGGUGAAAAUGCAUACAGCUUUAACGUACCUUUGCCAACGUUUUGAGCUUGUGGCCCCAUUCUAAUGAAUAUCUAGCAGCAUGCAUUUCCUGCCUACUCCUUAACUAAUGCAUUUUUAAGAAGCCCAACUUUUUUUUGUUGUAGAGGGGGGAAUUUCUACCUUCUCCACAAUUUAUAACAUAGGAAAAGAAAUUCAUUUGGACCAUCUUAGAAUUUUCCUGGCAAAUUAAUAGCACUAUAUCCUGUCAUAUAUCUCUCAGCCUUGAUGGUAAGUUAAAAAACAAAACUAUAAAGUGCAGAGAGAGAAGCGGAGAAAACAGGAUUCACAGGGCUCUUUGGGUAUUUGAUAGAUUUCCCAACCUCUAGCAUAUGGUGGUGCUAGUACUUUAUUUUUCAGCCAGCCAGCCAGCCAGCCAGCAUGAUUAUUCAUUUUACAGUUCUAUCAGCCUCAUAGUUACUGCCAGAAAGAGAAUCUCAUCAUAGCUGAAAAUACAAGCACACAUGCAGCAGAAACCACUCAAUGGGAAAGACAUUUUAAUGUCUCUUGCUCCAGCUUUUGUCUCAGAAUGAGAAGAUUGGCUGCAACUCAGAUGAUCCUGUCAAAGUGGAUUGCCAGCUGCUGAUUUUUCUUCUAACACCCUACCAAGAUAUCGCACCCUCUCUGCCACUAACAAUGACCAUGACCCUUCACACAAAAACCUCAAGUGUCGCUUUACUGCACCAGAUACAAGGCAAUGAACUAGAGCCUCUCAGCAGACCUCAGCUGAAGAUUCCUCUGGAGCGGCCGAUUAGUGAAAUGUAUGUGGACAGCAGCAAAACUGGAGUUUUCAACUACCCAGAAGGUGCCGCUUAUGAUUUUUCCACUACUGCUCCGGUGUACAGCUCACCCAGCCUCAGUUAUGCCCCUACGACAGAGUCAUUUGGGUCCAGCAACUUGGGAGGAUUUCAUUCUUUGAAUAAUGUUCCUCCGAGCCCUGUUGUGUUCUUACAGACGGCACCUCAGCUUUCACCUUUCAUUCAUCACCCCAGCCAGCAGGUACCUUACUACCUUGAGAACGAACCGAACAGCUUUGCGAUGAGAGAAGCGGCCCCAACAGCCUUCUACAGGCAACCAAGAAGCAUUACGAGGGUUAAACCGGGCAAGAACGCUCAAGGAGAGUGCAAAGCAGAGCUGAUGAGGCCAGGCUCAGAUAACAGGCGUCAUGGUGGCAGAGAGCGAAUGGUCGGUGGCAACGAAAAGGGAAGCUUGUCCAUGGAAUCCACCAAGGAGACCCGCUACUGUGCAGUGUGCAAUGACUAUGCUUCAGGUUACCAUUAUGGCGUAUGGUCCUGCGAGGGAUGCAAAGCCUUCUUCAAGAGAAGUAUUCAAGGUCACAAUGAUUACAUGUGUCCUGCUACUAACCAGUGCACUAUUGACAAGAACAGGAGGAAAAGUUGCCAGGCUUGCAGGCUCCGAAAAUGUUAUGAAGUUGGAAUGAUGAAAGGUGGAAUUCGGAAGGACCGCAGAGGAGGCCGUAUAAUGAAGCACAAACGCCAAAAAGAGGAACAAGACAACAAGAAUUCGGGGAUUGUUGCCGAGAGAAGGAGCCCAAAUCUCUGGCCAAGUCCUUUGAUGAUCAAGCAUAACAAAAAGAACAGUCCAGCCCUGUCCCUGACUGCAGAUCAGAUGGUCAGUGCCUUACUAGAGGCUGAACCACCUGUUGUCUAUUCAGAAUAUGACCCUGGCAGGCCUUUCAAUGAAGCUUCUAUGAUGACACUGUUGACCAACCUGGCUGACAGAGAACUGGUGCAUAUGAUCAACUGGGCCAAAAGAGUUCCAGGGUUUGUGGAUUUAUCACUCCAUGAUCAGGUCCAUCUCCUGGAAUGUGCCUGGCUUGAGAUACUGAUGAUUGGCUUAGUGUGGCGGUCCAUGGAGCAUCCAGGAAAGCUAUUGUUUGCCCCUAACCUGCUGUUGGACAGGAAUCAAGGAAAAUGUGUUGAAGGUUUUUUGGAAAUAUUUGACAUGCUGCUGGCCACAUCUUCCCGCUUUCGAAUGAUGAACGUCCAGGGGGAAGAAUUUGUGUGCCUUAAAUCCAUUGUCCUACUCAAUUCUGGUAUCUACACAUUUCUUUCCAGCAGCUUAAAAUCACUGGAGGAAAAAGACCAUAUCCAUCGCGUUCUUGAUAAAAUCACAGACACCUUGAUACAUCUGAUGGCCAAAUCAGGCCUAUCUCUGCAGCAGCAGCAUAGGCGACUGGCUCAGCUCCUCCUCAUCCUUUCCCACAUUAGGCAUAUGAGCAAUAAAGGAAUGGAGCACCUCUACAACAUGAAGUGCAAGAAUGUGGUCCCUCUUUAUGAUUUGUUGCUGGAAAUGCUAGAUGCCCACCGUUUGCAUGCCCCUGCAGCAAAAAAACCACCGCCACGUGAAGAUGAGGCCAUGAACCAGUUAGCAACCACAUCCACUGCAAUGCAUUCCUUACCACCUUGCCGUGUGAACAAAAAGGAAGAUGCAAAGGAGCCAGAAACCAAAUGAGAGCCUACAUUUCAAAUAGCCUACAGCUUUCUGAUAAUCCCAUUAAAAAACUACCUACUUCAGGCUUAGCUGAACUGGUACCAUGUGUAAGCACUCCAAUACUCAACAAUCACCAGUGAUUCCCAAAGCAUUGCUUGAUGAUAUUGUUAGUGGAAUGUAUAAUUUUGGACAUAAUAUGGGGAGUCAGAAACAAUUAUCUCUGUUUAAUAUAAACAUAACACAAUCAUGAGGAUUCCUGAGGUCUUUUUGCUGGUAUCAGACUGAAAAUUUGGGUGACCUUUCUCUUUGAAAUCAACUGAGCAAAGAUCCCAGCUGAGUUUGAGUAGGUGAUGUUUACAUUUGAUGUUCAUUGGCUCUUUGAUAAAUGUAAGAACCCUAUUCCCCCCCAGCACACCCACGUACACACAAUAUGAUGGCGAACUACUCAGAUUUUGUUAGACUCCAGUCUCAUUCAUAUUUCAAGAAAAACCAACAGGAUUUAGAAUAUCACCAUUCAGGCUUUUUUAUUGUUAUUUCAGGGACGUAAUCUAUACACAGCUAAACAAAAACUUUAGACCACGUGAACAGAUGACUUCAGCAACAAAUCCUUCAAUUAACUUGUUAUGAGUGACAAAGAAGUGCUAGGUUGCAGUGUCACCCAUAAUGGGCUUGGUACAGCAUUACAGAGCUUAUGCUGGUAGAGAUGGAACAGGUAGUUUUAUGCAGAGCUAUUUUUCUAGAAAAAGAAGUGCCGGAACUCACCAUGAAUACCUCCCUCAUUCUUUUAGAAUGGCAAUGGCACCCACCUGAAAGGUGCCAGAACCCUUCUGAGAUGUGCCAGAACCAAGUUCCAAUGAGUUCCAGCUGGGAAAAGAAGCCCUGGUUUUAUGAUCACAUAAAGAAUUCUUAGAUGGGUAGCUACAGGCAGAAUCCAGCACAUGGGCCUACUAAUUUCUGCAAUGUGUUUGGAAUGAAAGGCUUGUACAAAAGUACUGUGCAGAAGUAUAUCCUUCGCACAGUUGUCUGGGAGUCAACCCUGCAUUAACAAUUAUAGCAGAAGUUUUUUAUAUAUUGCCUUUGACCAGAAAGGCAAUUAAUGCAUUUUAUAAAUAAGCAGAAGAAUCAAAAUGGUUCAGUUUAGAUACUACCUGAUACAUUAUAGUAUGAGAUGGCAAAAUCUGACUGAUCAUGUGGGAAGUUUUGUUGGUGCUGCCAGGAAGAUAUUACACUAGAAUGGGAGCUUCCCUUUGUAUGUUGCCAUUUUGUACUGCAACUGAACAGCUUGCUGCUGCAUACUUAGGGGUAGCAGCACUCUCACUUGUAUGAAUGGCAUUGAAUUUGGUCUCAAAGAAGAAGCUUGUAUCCUUACAAUUGCUGGGAAACAGAACAAUUGUAUCUAUUGCAUACUAUCAAUACUGCACAAGAGGACAAUAAUGUGGGGUCUUUGGGUUCUACAUAGGUACAGAAGUGAGUCUUCAUGUUUGUGACUGGAUGCUCCCCAGUGUACAAAAUAGCUCUGUGUUGAGUAACUACUGGCAAAGAGGAGGGAGGUGAUGUGAGUAAAGACAAUUUGUGUUGCACUGCAGCCGAGGUCACUUUCUGCCAUUGGCCCAGGCACAUACUGGCCCCAACUAAUGAUGAUGAGCACACACACCUGGGGGCAGAACAGAACCAAAUCUGCAGGUGAUCAUCAUGAGCUGCUUUUGUGGUAUAUAUUGUUGCGCUUCUGCCUCUACCCAAAAUCUAUAAAAAGCAGUACAAGCACUAAUGUUGUGAAUAGUUUUCAUCUCGUCUUAAUUUUGCAAAAUGCGCUCACCAAUGCCUAGAUAUUGAGCUUUAUUUCUGGUGGCCUUGCUUUUUAUUAACGUAAUGAAGUAUUUGUCUUUCUGCAUUCAAAAUGUACAACAAAACAACAAAAAUGGUUCUGCUUUGAAACUUCCCCAAAGCUGUUGGGGACUACAAAGUGCCUUGUCAGAAAUUGACACAUUUUCAAGUGAUAACUGCUUUCUUGUGUAUUGCAUAGCAUGAAGUAUAAGCAAGAAGUCAAAAUGUGUGUAGGACAACAUUUAAAAUAAUCAGCAAAGUUUAUCCAUUUGUAUCCCAGUGCUUAUAACACCCAAUACAUAUAAUUUGUACCCUUUUUUCUAGGGGGUAUUUUUAGCUAUUUCCCCAAUCCUCUGUUUCUUUGUGGGCACAGAGCUUUAUGUGUGUACAGAACUCCUGUGCUUGCAAGGACUUAUCCAUUAACAUCAGUGAAAAUGGCACAAAGGACAGCCAGGGGCUUUCCCUCCAUUAUAGUGAAUAGGGAACAAUUGUCAGGCACAAGAGCUCUGUGGUUGCAUUGGAUAACAGAGAUGUUGAACUCUGGAUGGAAGAUAAUGUGUACAACACAAAUUAACCAUCAUUGAUCUAAAUACACAGCUGCUUUCUUGGUUCUCCUACUUAAUAGCCACUUGUGUAAAUUACUUAAGUAGAUCUGAACUAAUUUUUGUAAUUUAUAGACUUCAGUUUUGAUAAAGACCAUGGAAAUAAUUGCUUUGGCUUCAGAAAGAAGCAAACAAAAACAAGACAAGCUACAAAGAAGCUGUGGGUGAGGGAGGGGAAAUGUCAGUUUGCAACCAGAAUUUGUGGUUUUAAAUCUCUAGUUUUAAUGCCAACAUACCUGUGGCAGGUUUAGCUUGGGAGUCCAAGGGGGAAUGUGUUACUUUCUAUUAAAUCUGUUUAACUUUGCAGGGGUGGGGUGGUUAGUUGUUACUAUUGUUAGAUUGUUGAACGCAUUGUUUUAUCAUUAUUAUUGAAAGCACCUUAAAUGAUGUAAUGUGUGUGUUUGUAUGCAUAUUAUAUACACACAUGCAGAGCUCACCUAACAGACAACUGAAUGUAACUGUUGUAUUAACCCAGUCAACCGACUAAAAUACAAAAAUCACCAUAUGUUGUUUUUAUACUUUUCAGCUAUCCUCUCAUAUGCAAUCAUUUGUGCCUAAGGCUUAGCGAUUGUUAGAAAUCACUAUUUCAUAUCAAUUUUUAUAUUUACAUUAGCCAAGACAGCACUAAUUUAGCCUUGUACCUGAACACGAUGAGGAACUAUCCUUUAAUGAAGGAAGGACAUUCAAGGCAGCUAAUUACGUUUCUUACCAAAAUACUACUAAUGAUGGAUAUGAAAGAUACCAAAUAUGGCAAGGAUUGGUUCUUCUUUUUAAACCUAACGGUUGAUACUGCACUUAAAUUUAAAGACCAAAACAUAAAACGCCCUGGAGAUAUAGAAAAUGUAAUCUUGCUACAUGCCAAAUCAUUGUAAUAUGUUGGAUUAACUUGCCUUAUCUAAUGUCAAUUAACAGGCUCACUGGAAAUACACAGGAGUGGAAAAGCCUUGAUUGGUGAUAUUUGUCUCUUUUCAUUAUUUCUUUUUUUGGUAAGGGCAAUUUUUAUAGCCAAGUAUGAAAGCCAUUCUUGUAUUUAAUGGUAUUGUGGACUCUUGCUCAGGCAAACCUCCUGCAGAUAAUCAGCCUCACCCAGUCAUCGUUUUCUGUGUGGCAGGGUUAUGCUUUUCUGUAUGCUCAUGCCAUCUGAAAUGCCCCUACUACACACAGAAAACAAUGAGAGACUUAUUGUUCUGUCUCCUGCAUGGGAAAAAAAUCAAAUCUGUAAGAGAUAGUGCUGCGCAACAGUAAUUGUCUUUUUAAAAAAUCCUUCCAGUAGCAACUUAGAGACCAACUAAGUUUGUUAUUGGUAUGAGCUUUCGUGUGCAUGUAUACUUCUUCAGAAGUGUGCAUGCACACGAAAGCUCAUACCAAUAACAAAUAACAAACUUAGUUGGUCUCUAAGGUGCUACUGGAAGGAUUUUUUUUAUUUUGUUUCAACUACGGCAGACCAGAACGGCUACCUACCUGUAACGAGUAAUUAUCUUAUCUGUUUGGAUGGCUUGCCACCAGAACAGGCACAAUUUAGUGAACUUGAACUGUGAACAACCAAUCUGAUCUGCCAGACUGUCUAGCCACAUCCUAACACAAAGGUGAAUCUCUACCUGCAUCUUAAUGCAAGAGUGAGUGCAUAACAACAUCACAGUAUUGUGUUCAGUACUAAUUAUUGAUGUGCCGCACAGGUAACUUGCAGCAUACGCACAUUUAACUUGUAUUCAUCCAGCUCUAUGAGAUUGGCAAAUUUAAAAAAUUAAAUUAAAAUGGGGACAAAAAUAUGGGGGGGGGGGCAUCUGGGGAAAAGAACGUUGGCAAUCCCACCACUGCACCCAAUGUGUUUUGAAUAUACAUGAUUUUGGCUGUAAGUGCUAUCCUCAGAAUGUUACCCUCACAUAAAUUGAGAGUUGCCUGUAUUAGUUACAUUCCUGGUUAUUGCUGGGGCAAGCCAACUGAGGGACAGCAAGAAUUACAGUGGAAACUCCUGGAUGUUUGUGUAUGUUGACUUAAGCCACUGCACAAUUGAUUAAGGAAUUUUCAUCUUAAUGUAGUCUCAAAACACUUGGGGCAAAAAUUGCCCGUUUUUUGGUGUAAUCUCUCACAUUACUUACUAUCCUGUUAGUCUCAUGAUAAUAUUCUGUGACAGAAAACAAUGCAAGUGGCCGAAUUUUUCCUUGAUGGUUUUCCAUUAGCCUAUUGCCAUUUAAAAAGUUGUCCUUCUGUACAUAAUUAUCAACCUAAACUUGCCCAUUGGAAAAUUAGCUAUGCCCUGAUCCGGCUUUCAUCGUGUCUUACAACUAAGUUCUAAGUGGGGAAGCACAUUCCCAUCCACCUCAAAAAAACACAUCUAGUUAGUUUUAAGGAGCCUAGAUAAGCAUCUUCAUUAGCAUUUGCUGUACACAUGGAAUCCUGCUUACACAGCUUUUAUUUGCUGGAUUGUGGUGCUAGUACUUGCCAUACAAUUUGGUAUGGACUUGAGCCUUCAUUUUACAGACAUGUUCUCAGUGCUACUGCUUUUAAAAUGCAAAGCUAAAAGCCAACUUUUAAGUACACAAACUUUUGAAGAUGCAAAUGCUCUGCA